AUGACUCCUCGAGCGCGGCGCGGCCGGCGGCGGAGCGACGGCCGCGCCGCGGGCGCUGCCGCGGCGGCCGCCGAGAGCCCAUCGGGCGGCGCCGCGACGCCCUGGCCCCACGCGGGCGCCGGCCCCGCACGGGGCGCCCGCGGGGAGGAGGCCGUAGACAGCGCCAGCCUGCCCGAGGGCGGCAGGGACGCCGGCGACCUGCCGACGCCGAAUCUGCCACCGCGUGGACUGGCACUUGGAGGCGGAGUUCUGCGGCGACAACACAUGAGCUGCCGCGCGCUGGUGGCGCGCGAGUGGGUCAGGCGGUGCUUCUCAAGCGCCGUCGACUGCCAGCUGGCGCUCCUGUGCAGGUCUCCUCGGUCGCGGGGCUCGUUCUCGGCAGGGGAGGCCGAUGCAGACUCUGCCGUGGACAGCAGCCUCGACACCAGCGCGACGUCCGCCUGA